AUGGCAUCAAUCGCACGAUGCCUCCGGGCAGCUCGACCGUCGACUCUCUCUCGGCUAGCACAGACGACACCCCUCACACGAUCCAAUUGGCAACCGGCGUCGCUGCGAGCAUUCUCUGCCUCACCGAUAAGAGAUAUCCGCAAGUACACUAAAGACCACGAGUGGAUCGACCUAAACACGAACAAGAAGGAGGGCGUGAUCGGCAUCUCGGAGUAUGCGGCCGAGGAGCUAGGCGACGUAGUGUACGUCGAACUUCCGGAGGAGGGCAAGGAGGUCAGCGCAGGCGACGCUAUCGGUGCCGUCGAGUCUGUUAAAAGUGCCGCCGAUAUCAACUCCCCCAUCGCCUGCAAGAUCACCAGCAUCAACCUGACUCUGGAGGAGAAGCCGGGCACCAUCAACCAGGUACCUGAGGACGACUCAGCCGGUGGUGGCUGGAUCGCAAAGGUCUCCGUCGACGAGCAGGGCAUCAAGGAUUUUGAGACGCUCAUGGACCUCGAGGAAUAUAAGGCAUUUACCGGAGCGUCGGAGUAG